AUGUAGCCCUAGCUGUCCUGGAACUUACUAUGUAGAUGAGGCUGGGCUUAGACUCACAUAGAACUUUCUAUCUGUGUCUCCCUAGUGCUAGAACUAACACGAGACAGCAUGCCUGGUAAAAACUGGAAUUUCUUAUAAGCAUUGGUGAGUGACUUACAAUCUGUAAUGUCUUAAAUACCAGUAUACUCACAUUUACCACAACACAGUUAAGAGGAAGGGUUGACAGAAUGCAUCUUGGGGUUUGGGUGUGAGAGUGAUGUAUAAAUAUCCUGGUUAUCACUGUGGAAAUAAUAUUCACACCAGCAUGGGACCAACCUGAAUUUGAGCCACAAUCUUCUCAUGCAUUUAAUGGUGGAUCUCACAGGUCGCUUGCAGACUGGAGUAAUGUGUAGGAAGAGCUCCAGGGGGCAACUAAAUGAGCCUCACUCACUUAGGCUCUCUUAUGAUUAUGGUGUUCCCAGGCAAGUCACUCCUGUUCACCACCUUCAGAAGGACCUGGGAGAGAAGCUGGCUUUCUCUCUGCUCCUGCUCUGGGAACCUAGGAAGCAGAGCUCACCUUUGUCUUUUGUAGAAGCUCCCCGGUCAUGUGAAAGUUCAUAGGAAGGAUGAAAUCUGGAAGAUGGAGCAUACACAGAAGAGUUACUGCCCUGCCUAUGACCUCAUGGAAAAGAGUAGGUGAAGGGGGGCCCUGCUUGUCAUUCAGGAGCAUCCCAUCCCAUCAUUAGAGCCCAGGGGUUCCUUUUUAGCACAAGCUGACCUCUACAGGAACAGUCAGGAGUGAUACAGAAAUCUGGUCCAUCCACGUCUUGGGGAAAUAACUUAGAAAAUUCAUAGGUUUUAACUUUUUGUCAUUUUAAAAGUUCUGUUUUAAAAAUUAGUAUAUAUUGUUUUAUGUGGUACUGGGUUUCAUAAAGACAUUUUUAUAUAAGUAUGAACUAUUUUUUUUGAUGCUGCAGAGGUGGCUCAGCAGUUAAGAGUACUUACUGCUCUUGUAGAAGACCCAGGUUCAGUUCCCAGCACCCAAACAUUGGCUCAGAACCACCCAUAACUCCAGAGUCUUUUUUCUUGCUCUGGGAGCAGUGAAUCACAAACAUGGUCCACAUGUGUGCAUGCCAGCAAAGCUCUCGUGCACGAGAUAAGCCUUAAAGGAAAGUUCUUUGGCAAUCCUCCCUGUACCCUGCACAUAUCCCUUUUCUUCUCUCCCCUACAACUAGUCCAUUUUAUUCUGCUAGACAGCUGGCCCCUAUCUAUCUAUCUAUCUAUCUAUCUAUCUAUCUAUCUAUCUAUCUAUCUAUCUAUCUAUCUUCCUUCCUUCCUUUCUUUUUUUUUUUUUUUAAAGAUUUUAUUUGUUGUAUGUAUAUGAGUACACUGGUGUGUCAGACACACCAGAAGAAGGCAUCAGAUCCCAUUACAGAUGGUUGUGAGCCAACAUGUGGUUGCUGGAAAUCAAACUUGGGACUUCUGGAAGAGCAGUCAGUGUUCUUAACCACUGAGCCAUCUCUCCAGCCCCCCUGCCCGUCUUUCUUUAGGGUCUGUGUAGUCUGGGCUGACUUUGGGAUUACUGUAUAAGUCCAGGGUGACCUUGAACUUCUGAGCCUGCUUCCUCUACCUCCCGCUGGCUUCUAAUAAUGUGCUAGUAUUACAGAUGUGUGCUUGUGUCCAGUUAUGUGGUGCUAGGGAUGGAGCCCAGGGCUUUGUGCAUGCUAGGCAAGCACUCUUCUGAGCCACCCUCAACCAUCCCUGCCACUUGUAUUUGUAUUAGUUGGUUAAGAAAAUAUAUUUUAGGUUGUAAAUUAUCUGUAAUACUAAUAUUGAGAUACCUUAAAGGAUGUUGAGUUUCACUAUUCUACAUGUAAGUAAUUAUAGAAGAAUCAUACAUAAUUAAUUAUAGUUCAGUCAUAUAACUUCAAGUCAUAGAACAACAGGAUCUCUCUACAUAGCCCUGGCUGUCCUGGAAUUCACUCUGUAGAUCAGGCUGGUCUCAAGCUCAAAUUCACAGAGAUCCACCUGCCCCUGCCUCUGAAAUGUUGGGAUUAAAGGUGUGGACAACCAUGUCUGACAUCUACACACUCUUAAUGUACUUUCUUCUUGAGUCAUUUAUGAAAAUAUCUAUUGAUAUUUGGCAUGGGUCAUGCUAUCACUGUAUCUCCUACCAUUGGUGUGUCCUACUGUGAGUCUGGGGACAUUACUGCCAUAUAAGUUAUCUAGCUUAGUUUGCAGCACACAGUAAAUAUUUCUUGGAUAUGUAAUAAGCUAAUUCUGUGCCCUGGGAAACCCAUUAUGGUAUUAAAAAUCUUGGGAGCAAUAUAGAUGACGUCUUACAGUAAUUUAAGCUGUUACUAAGCAAACGUUCUCUCAGAAUUGAGAAAAAUAAUUCCUAUUGAUGACUAAUGUUCUGUUUCAGACAAGGCAUCUGGCAAAUGGGCCACACAGGUAGCUGCCACUGAUGUGGCAAAUGCUGAGAAGAAAGUCUAAAUGGGAAAGAAUGUGUGGGGCAGGGCCCGACAGCCUCUACAGUUAACUGUGGAUGCUGCAUUUGCUAAACACUGUCAUUCAUUAGCCAGAAGAAUAAGAGUCUCCUACAGAGCCUACUGAAGUUCUUUUUGUGCUUGAGAUAUGUACAGAUAUGAAGUGUAGGAAUGAGUGCUUCCUAGGUGUCUUGAUAAACUGGUCUUUUGGAAAACCAGUGGUUCUGGAUUGGAAAGGCUGGAAUCCAGCUCCCAGUUUUGAUACCAGUGACAAUAUGUGAAUCUUUUCUUUCUCUGGAUUUCUGCUUCAUUUGUAAAAUGAGUUAAGGAUCAAAUAAAUCAAAGUGGUGACUGGGGAUAUGGCUAAAUGGUACAAUGCUUAGGCAAUAUGCACAAGGUAUUCAAUCUCUAGCACUAUGAAUGAGUGAACAAACGAAUGAAUCUAAUGGCAUGGCAUUUAUACCACUAAUAUCCCCAUCGAUUAGAUAUAUUGCAGAAAAUGUGGAUAGAGCAAGAAGUUGUAACUCACCAACUGCAAGGGAAGUCCACACUGAGCUGGCCAGAACAAGGACUGCAACUGAGAAGAUCACCUUCAUGGUGACAGACCUGUGGAAGGAAGCAGUUAUUUGCCCUCUGGCUUUGCUUGCUUUCACCUGUGGAAGACACUCCUGACUGAAGGAGCCUCAGCUCAGUGUUAAAGACGUCAGAAGGACAGCAGCGUCUCUAUCUCUGCUGGCCCCCGCAGUGUAGAGAAAAGUAGUCUUUCCUGUUCUCCCCUACCCUCUCCGUUCUCUGGGGGAGAAAUUCCUUCUGUGAUAACCAUCUGCAGAAUCAGUGUUCCUGCAACAGACACGAGUCACAUGCUGUUCUCUUCAGUAAUUUCUCUUACUCCUACGUAAGAGCAAACCACAGAAGCUAAGAAGCAAGGUUAGUACAUUUAGACACUUUCCCAGAAUUCUGGAUUUAAUGGAUUAGGUCUUUGUCUUAGUUCCACAGGUGGUGCUGUCUGUGUGCUGAGUUUUACAGCUUGGAUGGGAUUGCCAUCAUGGGCUCAGCUGUGCUUAGGUCUCAGGGCCGACUAAGUCUGGGGUCCUCUUGCAGUGGUUUGAAUAGGAAUGGCACCCAUAGGCUCAUAUAUUUGAAUGCGCUGUCAUCAGUGAGUGGCAUUACUUGAGAAAGAUGAAGAGCUGUGGCCUUGUUGGAGGAAGGGAAUGGGUUUUGGGGUUUCAAGAGUCCAAGUCAGGUCCAGUGUUGCAUUCUUUCUGCUGCUAGAAGCCAGUGUAGAGUUCUUAGCUACUUCUUCAGCACCGUGUCUUCCUGCAUGCUACCAUGUUUCCCACCAUGAUGAAAAUGAACUGAUCUGUAGGCAAGCCUGACUAAAUGUUUUCUCUUCUAAGAGUUGCCUUGGCCACCCUGUCUUUUCACAGCAGCAGAACAGUGAGCAGGCCAAUAUUCUUGAGAAUACUUUCAUGGGACAGCAUAACUGAUUCAGUAGCUCACCCCAGUGUAUGGCUACUCCAGUGUAUGGCUACUCCAGUGUAUGGCUACUCACUCCAGUGUAUGGCUACUCCAGUGUAUGGCUACCCCAGUGUAUGGCUAACCCAGUGUAUGGCUACCCCAGUGUAUGGCUACUCCAGUGUAUGGCUACUCCAGUGUAUGGCUACUCCAGUGUAUGGCUACUCCAGUGUAUGGCUACUCCAGUGUAUGGCUACCCCAGUGUAUGGCUACCCCAGUGUAUGGCUACUCCAGUGUAUGGCUACUCCAGUUUAUGGCUACUCCAGUGUAUGUCUACUCCAGUUUAUGGCUACUCCAGUGUAUGGCUACUCACUCCAGUGUAUGGCUACUCACUCCAAUGUAUGGCUACUCCAGUGUAUGGCUACUCCAGUGUAUGGCUACUCCAGUGUAUGGCUACCCCAGUGUAUGGCUACCCCAGUGUAUGGCUACCCAGUGUAUGGCUACCCCAGUGUAUGGCUACCCCAGUGUAUGGCUACCCCAGUGUAGGGCUACCCCAGUGUAUGGCUACCCCAGUGUAUGGCUACCCCAGUGUAUGGCUACUCCAGUGUAUAGCUACUCCAGUGUAUGGCUACCCCAGUGUAUGGCUACUCACUCCAGUGUACGGCUACUCACUCCAAUGUAUGGCUACUCCAGUGUAUGGCUACUCCAGUGUAUGACUACUCCAGUGUAUGGCUACUCCAGUGUAUGGCUAUUCCAGUGUAUGGCUACCCCAGUGUAUGGCUACUCCAGUGUAUGGCUACUCCAGUGUAUGGCUACCCCAGUGUAUGGCUACCCCAGUGUAUGGCUACCCCAGUGUAUGGCUACUCCAGUGUAUGGCUACUCCAGUGUAUGUCUACUCCAGUUUAUGGCUACUCCAGGUAGCCUACUCCAGUGUAUGGCUACUCCAGUGUAUGGCUACCCCAGUGUAUGGCUACCCCAGUGUAUGGCUACCCCAGUGUAUGGCUACUCCAGUGUAUGGCUACUCCAGUGUAUGGCUACUCCAGUGUAUGGCUACCCCAGUGUAUGGCUACUCACUCCAGUGUAUGGCUACUCACUCCAAUGUAUGGCUACUCCAGUGUAUGGCUACUCCAGUGUAUGGCUACCCCAGUGUAUGGCUACUCCAGUGUAUGGCUACCCCAGUGUAUGGCUACCCCAGUGUAUGGCUACCCAGUGUAUGGCUACCCCAGUGUAUGGCUACUCCAGUGUAUGGCUACUCCAGUGUAUGGCUACCCCAGUGUAUGGCUACUCACUCCAGUGUAUGGCUACUCACUCCAAUGUAUGGCUACUCCAGUGUAUGGCUAUUCCAGUGUAUGACUACUCCAGUGUAUGGCUACUCCAGUGUAUGGCUAUUCCAGUGUAUGGCUACCCCAGUGUAUGGCUACCCCAGUGUAUGGCUACUCCAGUGUAUAGCUACUCCAGUGUAUGGCUACCCCAGUGUAUGGCUACUUCAGUGUAUGACUACCCCAGUGUAUGGCUACUCCAGUGUAUGGCUACUCCAGUGUAUGGCUACUCCAGUGUAUGGCUACUCCAGUGUAUGGCUGUUCCAGUGUAUGGCUGCUCCAGUGUAUGGCUACUCCAGUGUAUGGCUACUGAGUGCCACUUUAGCUUCAUUUUCCCAUUCUUCCUAGUCACUCACCCACUUUUUUUAUGUGCCCUAAAUCACAUCCAAACCACUACUGCAGCUUUUGCGCUCAUUUGUUUGCUUUGAGACAGGGUCUCACUCUAGCCCAGGCUAACCUUAGAUUCACUUUGUAUUUCAGGCUGUCAGUCCUGUCAGUGUAGCAUUAGAGGCGUGCAUCCAAUCUCCAGAUCUCAUGCCAGCUUUUUCCUAUGUCUCCCCAGAAAUUUAUCUGAUCAAAUCUUUAAGCCUGAUUCUGUGUGUGAGCACAGAUCUAUGUUUUAUGCUUUCUGUGGUUUUAGACAUGCUUUCUAUAGUGAUCUGUAAAAGCAACAAUACAGCAGACAGCUUUUUUGUUUUUCUGUUCUCAAUGGUGCUUUAAGGACGUGUGCAGGAUAGGUACCUUAGAGGAGCAGCCUAGUUUCUCUGCUGAUGCCACAUUGGCUAAAAUGAAUGACAUAACUUUAGGGAGGAGGACUGCUAAAGAAUAGGGAAGACUUACUAGUGCUCAGCACUGGCUGAUGGUAAGCAGUAGCAAAAGCACUGAGAGGCGCACAGGGGACAGCCACCUCCUCCUACCCAAACGGAUUGAUUCAUAUACUCCAUUCUAUAAAUAGCCAUUUCCUGCUGGGAGCCUGUGAACAAUGUCGUGCUAACAGCAUGGCGUUCUGUACAGAGCAGUGGCUUUGUUAGGGAAUGUGCGUGCUGACACUGCAAAGCAGAGCCACUGUCUUUGGAACACAUCAACAGGGUCCCCACUCCUCAAUCCUUCCAAAAGGGAGAAAGGGGCCGAAAUCCCACCAACAGUGCGGAUAAGAGAGAUGGAGUAGAGACAGUGAUCCCUGUCCAGUGUCAUAUGGAGGAAGGAGAACGGGCUUGCAGCCGACUCCAUGGAAGCUAAAUUACAAGCCUUUUGUUUGUUCAUUUGUUAAGUUGAAAUUUUUUUUUUUUUAAAGACAGGGUUUCUCUGUGUAGCCCUGGCUGUCCUAGAACUCAGUCCGUGGACCAGGCUGGCCUGGAACUCAGAAAUCUGCCUGCCUCUGCCUCCCAAGUGCUGGGAUUAAAGACAUGAGGCACCACUGCCCAGCUAAGUUGAUUUUUUAUGGAACUAAUUUCUGAGGAAAAUUCUUAGUGGCCUGAAGCCCCUUUUGUAGCAGAGAAGAAGAGACUGAAAACUGUUUUCAGUCCCUACAUUCAGUCCCCACAUACAGUCCCCAGAGGGAAAGAACUGCCGAGGCAGCGGCCUCACAGCGAAGGCCCAGCUAUCUGGAGCUGACAACAAGGACUCAGGCACAGCUCCUGAUCUCGGGAAGAGACUUUCAGACUCAUUGCCUCUGGCUGAAUAAGGAAUGUGCCAUUGUGCCGGCAUAGCUGUGACUUUUUAUAGAUUUUUAAAAAUUAUUCUUUAAUCUUUUUUUUUACAGUCCAGUCAUUAUAGAUUAUUAAGGCUAUAUAUGUCUCAUUGUUUAACAACAACAAAAGAAAAUUAUUUUUAAAGCAAAAUUAAUAAAGAUACUAGAAAAGGUUAAUACUAUUUGUGAAAUGAAGGAAUAGAUGCCAGAGUUUUUCAGUAUGUUUUAAAGUUGCAGUCACUUCUGGGGUGGGGCCUGAAAGUCAACAGAUAGUAAGAAGCAGAAAGGGACAGAAUCCCAGAUACUCAUUGGCACACUCUUAAGCUUUGGUAACAAAUCACUUUUGUGUUAAUAGCAACCAAUGAAAUUUCCAAAAUGACAGCCAGAGAGUUGGUAGCAAGAGCUCACUGGCAAAACUGAAACGGCUACGGUGCAAUCCAUCCUCGGUUUCUGGAAAAUGAUCUGUCUGGGUAACUUCAGCCCAUGACUUUCCCUGAAUAAAAAUAAAUAAUAAAACUCCCCUUCAUUCUCAGAAAAUUACAAAUUGGUUAUGCAUGUUACCUGCUGUGACUUCCACAGUUGCUCCGAGAAACUGGCUGGCUGGAAGUCCUUAGCUGGUGAAGAAAUAGGAAGACUGACAGGAGGCAGUGCCAUCUCAGGACAGUGUCUGGCCCUGGAAGCAGUGAGCUUUGAAGUUCAAAAGAAUAAAUACAAGCCAGGGCUGUAGUGAUGCAUGCCUUUGGUCUCAGGACUCAAGGAAGAGGCAGGUAGAUCUUUGGGAAUUUGAGGGGCAGCCAGCCUGGUCUACACAGUAAAUUCCAAGGCUACAUAUUCCACACUGAGACUUCAUCUCAAAAGGGAAAAAAAAAAAGAAAAAAAAAAAAAAGAAAAGGAAAUACAGUUCAGAUUACAAAUUCCAUGCUUCCUACAUCUGUGAGUUCACAGCCCAGCUUUCUGGGGAUGGAGUAUAUUGUCCACUGCCAUUUGGAAAUCUACCUCCUCUUGCCAAAUUUGCCACCAUUUGCUAUUUGCCAUCAAAUAGGGCAUAUACUUAUUUUUGUUUGUUUUUUAAAAACAAGGUUUCCUGUAAAAGCAGGUGGAUUUCUGUGAGUUUGAGGCCAGCCUGGUCUACAGAGUGAGUUCCAGGACAGUCAGGGCUACACAGAGAAACCCUCUCUUAAAAAGCCAAAACAACAACAACAACAACAACAACAAUUAAUUUAAUUUUAUUUUAUGGGUAACUACGGAGGCCAAAAGAAGGCAUUGGAUCCCCUGGAGCUGUAGUUACAGGUGCUUGUGAGCUAGGAACUGGGGUGAGAAACUGAACUUGUAUCCUCUGGAAGAACAGGAAGCGCCCCAUCUGAUGAGCCAUCUUUCUGGUUUCAGGUUUUUGAGACAAGGUCUCACUCUGUAACCCAAGCUGCAUUGUGUAGCUAAAAUUCUGUCCUUCUUCUGCCUCCCAAGUACUGGGAUUACAGGCAUGAGCUACCAUGUCUUGCCCAACAAUUAUGUUCAGGAUAGUUUCAGAUACUGGCAUACCAUAUUAAUUAACAUAUAUGCAUGUGUGGUUAAUUAUUUUAUCCAGAGUCAAAACUAGCUAUUCAUCUUCUGGGGAGGAGGUUUUGAGACAGGGUCUGAUUCAGCCCAGGCAAGACUGGAGCUUGUAUAUUUGCCUUAUUGAAGCAUUUACUUAUAACAUUUCUAUAAUUGACUAAUAGAAUCAGUGUGUGUGUGUGUGUGUGUGUGUGUGUGUGUGUGUGUGUGUGUAUGCAUGUAUGUGGGUAGGUGUGUAAAAGGAUAUCUGAGGGUCAAAUUCAGUUGUUAUUUCUCAGACACUAUCCAUCUUGCUUUGUUUUAAAGACCGAUGUGUUUUUAUUUUAUGUGUGUGUAUGAGUGAACUGUCUGCAUGUAUGUAUAUUCACUACAUGCGUACUGUACCCAUGGAUACUAGAAAAGGGUAUUGGAUUCCUCAGAGCUGACUUAAAACCUGAUGUGAGCUGCCAUGUGGGUUUGAGGCACCAUCCUAGGUCCUCUGCAAGAACAAUGAGUGUUCUUGAUUACUGAGAUAUUCAUCCCUUCACCCACCUCACCCUACCUCCAUCACAUUUUUUGAGACACUCUUUCUUCACUGGCCUGGUACUGCCAAGUAGAAUAGGCUGGCUAGGCAUCCAGAGCCAGAAGUCUGCCUCCCCCAGUGCCAGGAUUGCAAAUUCACACUCUCUACACCUGCAGGUUCUGUAUCCUUAAUCAGCAAGCACUUUCCUGACUGAGCUAACUCCUCAGCCCUCUUUCUUAUUGGUUGGCUUGCUGAGAAAGGGUCGCGCCUGGCUGAGGAUCGGGAUGACCUUGAACUUGUGAUUCUACUGCCUGCCUUCCCAGGUGUUAGAACAGGAUGCUUCAGUUUGUUUUGUUUUCCUGGCAGAGAUUUCUCUGUGUAGCCCUGGCUGUCCUAGACUUGCUUUGUUGACCAGGCUGGCCUUAAACUCAGAGGUCUACCUGCCUCUGCCUCCCAAGUGGUGAGGUCAAAGGCACACGCCAUCAUGGCCCUGCUGAUGAUUCCGUUUUUAAGAGCACUCGCUGCUCUUGUAGAGAACCUGUCUUCAGUUCCCAGUACCCACGUGAGCUCACAGCUCUCCUUACUCUAGCUCUAGGAACUCCUCUGCCCUCCUCUGCCUCUAAGAGGGCACCUGGACUGCAUGUGGUACACAGACAUACAUGUGAACAAGUACUCAUAAAGGAAAAAACAAUUUUUUUUAAAGCUAGCUCUGGCUGUCAGGAUGGCUCAGAGAUUGAAGGUGUUUAUCUUGUAAACCUGAUGACUUGUCUCCGAUCUCCGCAGUCCACGAAGUGGGACAGAACCAACUCUACAAGGCUGUCUUUGUACCUCCACCUCCUCCCCCCCCCAAAAAACCCCACAUACUGCCUCCUCUUACACAAUUAAAACAAAAAGCUAAGUCUGGCAAGGUGGCUCAUUGGACAAACCAGGCUUGAUACCAAGCCUGAUAACCUGAGUUCAGUACCCAAGGAGAAGAGCCAUGGUGGAAGAGAACUGCCUCCACAGGUGCAUCCUGGUGCACACAUCCUCCACUCAUCUAAUAGCAAAUCAAUCAAUCAAUCAAUCAAUCAAUCAAUCAAUAAAUGUAACAAUGAAAAAAAAGUAAUGUUAGACCAUUUCCCAUUCUCAUCAGUUUCCUCUUUAUCUGUGUGUUCAGGCAAUAGGCAGGUAGAGGCCAAGGAGAAAGGCCGUGCAUGCCUGGGGGCUCAGGCUACAGGGAACUUACCCACUGCCACCUCACGAGUUUUCAUAAGAAUGCAACAAUAAGAAACUUGCUUAGCUUACUGCACUGCAAGUAAACUCUUAACAAGGGCAGUGUAAAGAGAAUUGAUGAAAAACUUUGUUCUGGAAUGGGCAUGUUAUCAUAAAUAUUUAUGGUGUAUAUUCUAGAAAUAUUUAAGGACUGGUGAGAUGACUCAGCAGGUAAGAGCACUGACUUCUGAAGGUCCUGAGUUCAAAUCCCAGCAACCACAUGGUGGCUCACAACCAUCCAUAAUGAGAUCUGAUGCCCUCUUCUGGUGCGUCUAAGUCAGCUACAGUGUACUUAUGUAUAAUAAUAAAUAAAUUAUUUUUAAAAAGAAAUAUUUAAAAAAUAACAUUUUGUGUGACUAUGAAACUAUUACUCAAGUUUUACUAGGGCUGGAGAGAAGCCCCAGCAGUUAAGAGCAUUGACUGCUCUUCCAGAGGUCAUGAAUUCAAUUCCCAGCAACCACAUGGUGGCUCACCACCAUUGGUAAUGGGAUCUGAUGCCCUCUUCUGGUGUCUGAAGAGAGUGACAGUGUACUCACAUACAUAAAAUAAAUAAAUCUUUUAAAAAAAGUCAUCCAAAUAUUUAGGUUAUACACUUAUCAAGAAUCAAGGAAACUGCUGGGCAGUGGCAAUACAGGCUUUUAAUCCCAGCUCUUAGGAGGCAGAGGCAGGAGGAUUUCUGAGUUUGAGGCCAGCCUGGUCUACAAAGUGAGUUCCAGGACAGCCAGGGCUAUACAGAGAAACCCUGUCUUGAAAAACCAAAAACCAAAAACACCAAAAACCACAAACCACAGGGAGAAAAAAAAAAAAAAAGACAGUCUGUCUGAUCAAGGCUCAAGUCUCAAGUCUCGAGUUUAUUGGAAGGCAACUAUGGGUAUAUAUGUACUCGAUGAGGAGUGCAGCUGGAGACACUUAACCACAAGUCCAGGAUGUAUAAGAGAAAAACAAGAUAUUAUCAGAGUGUGUUUAGCUGUGGUGGGCUUCUUGCAAAAAUAUCUUAGGAAAACAAGUCUCUUGUCAGGGUGGAAAAGUACCACCUGUAAGUGACUAGCCCAAGACGGCUGCAGAGGUGACAGCUGCCUUCUGCUAAGAGCCAGCUCCCGACAGUCUUCUGGAUAGAAUUAUGGUUCCACUGAGGGAUAACUUUUCCUGGAAGUGUGAUUCCUUGUAUUUUCUUACAGAUCUUAGAUACUCAGGCUUUUGAGAUAGAACACGAAUUAGAAACGUGCACAAAAGUCAUGUGUCACCUGGCUGAGCUCAUUCAGUGGUGUAGCUACUAGUAAACAAACCCCCACCCAUGUCCCUCUGAACCCUAAUGAAGCUUACUGGGUCACAAAGAAAAAAAGACAUGAAAGUAGACGGGGCUUAUUAGAAAGAGGGAAGGAGACUAAGGGGCAUGUGGGGGAGGGUGAGAGAGAGAGAGAGGAGGGUGACCAGGUUUGAAGCACAAGAUGUGCUAACUCACCGCUGUGUAUAACUAAUAUGUCCCAAUAAAGUAUGUUGUAAGCUUGUGUAUAUAGAGUAUAUUCAGCAGAGACCUUUAGUCUUUUUAAAAUUGGCUUAUUUACAUUACAUCCUGAUUGCAGCCUUCCUUCCUCUCCUCAGUCCUCCUCCCAUCCCCCCAAAGAAAACAUUCUAAUAGUAUAUAAUAGAGUCGACAAGAAGUUAGUAAAGAUCUUUUUUCUACCAAUGCCUGUUAACGUGGAGAGAAAAUGAAGCUGGGCAUUGGUGGCACACUCCUUUAACCACCAAUUGGGAGGCAGAGGUGGGUGGGCAGCCAAGGCUACACAGAGAAACCCUGUCUCAAAAAAAAAAAAAAAAAAACCCAAACAAAACCAAAACUAAAACACAAAAUGUUUAUUAUGUUGUCAGGCUUGGCGCCAAGUACCUUUACCAGUGAGCCAUUUCAACAGCCGCUAAUGAUAUUUUUAAAAUGUUUGUGUUAUGUUCUAAAUUUUUAUUUUAUGUGCUUUAGUGUUUGGCCUGCAUGUUUGUGGGUGUUGGAUUUCCUAGAGCUGGAGUUGCAGACAGUCACCAUGAGGUUGCUGGGAGUCAAACUCAGGUCCCCUGGAAGAAUAGUCAGUGCUCUUAACUGCUGAGCCAGCUCCUCAGCCCCCACUAAUAAUAUUUUAAAAGUUAAAAAAGAAGAGUUCAAAUUUUUAUUAUGCCUUCUGGCUCACAUUUGUCCUGACCAGAUCACCAGACAGCUCCCUGUAUCCUAUUUCUGGUAUCUAACUUAUACUUUGUUUUCAGUAUGAAAAGUCAAAGUUGAGAUUUGCCACAGCAAGAAGUCAUCCUAGCUAGCUGUAGAGGGUCAGUGUGAAUUGCUUUCCUUCUGAUCAGGUGGGAAAGAACACAUUCUUCCAAUAGGUAACUGCUCAGAGGCUGCCAGCCUGUGCCUGAAGGCAAACACAGGUGCACAGAGCCACCAGAGAAUAGCCACAGGCCAAUUUGCUGGCUGACUUUCCCCUGCCAUGACCUAAGUUGCUUUUACAGUAGUUAGACAUAGGAUGCAAUGGACCUAAUUGCCCCUUUCUUCAAAGGCUACAAUUUUUCCAGAAUGAAGCAUGGCUGCUUUAUAAUGCUUUGAUCCUUCAAGGCAAUCUUUGACCUACUCACCAUGAUGAAUUUUACUUCACGAGUCAUUUACCAGAAUCUGUCUCUGCCACUGCACUGUAUGCCUGCUGUAACUUUAUAUCACAGAUCAGGAAAUUCACAGAACCACUGAUCCACACAAGAUAAACAUGGGCCAUUUACCCUUAGGUUUCAGUGUUUCCCAGGUUAUUGUGAAAGUUAUAAGUGCUUUUUUUUUUUUUUUUUUUUUAAAUCACCAUGGUGUCAGCGGGAGUUCAUCCAACUGCACUCAGUAGACCUAGGAUUAUUCCUUCCCCAUAAGUCCCACUAGGAGAAGACUAGGAGAGAAAUGUUUUCUUACAUGCAAAGGUCCAUUCUCAAGAACAUCCAAAUCCUGUUCAAAUAAUGGGCUCUGUGUGUAAGACCUGAUCCAUAGCAAAAUUGAGCAGGGGAUCAUGAUUUUCUGCACUCUGACACGAGUUUUCUGCACUCUGUUGCUUCUGGCUGUAGGUUAUGAAUGCCAUCAUCACCACCUGUAGAGCCCCACUCCUAGGAACAGCAAGGCAUGCUUGCCACUGACAUAAAUCUUGUGGUUCAAGACUCCUGGGUUGCAAAGCCAGCCUUGUUUCUGGUUUCAGCAAGUGCACCUCACUUGCUUCUGACCAUGAAAUGUUGCCACACCACCUCCAAUAGGAUCUGUGUGACAAGUUCCACAGACUGAGAUGAUUGACCUCAAAAGGGGGAGGCCUCCUGGAACCGGUUGUGGAACUCUUUGCUGGAGAAAAAAUAUUGAGCCAUAGUUCUCAUGGCAAUCUAUCUGUUUUGUUUUCUCUUAUUCCUUUUCUUAUUUACAUGUUCCUGGUAGCCUAGGCCAAGAUUUUAAGUGAGAAUAAUGGAUAAGAAACCAUCCCUAGAGAUGGGGUCACUAACAUGACCUUAUCCCCAUGGAAACCAACGCUUUACUUUCUAAAUCAUUUACAAAACUAUUAUGAUAAAAACUUUCCCAACAAUAAAAUUUCAUAUGGCUACAUGUGUGUCAUCCGAGGUGGGUUUUGGUAUAUGGUAAAGAAAGCUUUAAUUAGAAAGAGUUAAAAUAGUUUAAAUUUACAUAUUAAAGAUUUAUUUAAAAAAAUCAGGCACUAGAUGUUAAAUAAUAAUUGACCUUGGGGCUAGAGAGUUAGUUCAGUGGUUAAGAGCACUGGCUGUUAAAAAUUUAUUAUCCUGCUCCUGGAAAUAUGCCACUAGCCUUGGACGUCAGCCCCCACUGAACACACCUUUUUAGAAUUGUUAUAUUUUGAUGAUUUAUAAUGAUGUUACUUGUUCUGUUUGUGAUUCACUGAAUACAUAGUUUCAGAGUUGUAAUGCUUGGAUGAUUUUUGUGCUUUACUGUGUCAAAUGAUUUUUGUUGGUAUUUGUGAUUGUUUCACUGGAUAUAGUUUCUAAGAGAUUUGGUUUUUUGAUGUAUAAAAUCCCCUGCUUUAGAGCUGCAAAAUAUAGUCAGAUUCAAACUGCCUCAGUGUUUGUUUCUGUUUGUCACUGCCCCCAAAACCUUACCCACCUAGCUUCGAGGCUCCUCAUUCCAGGGACCCCCAUACCCGACUGGGGUGGUCCGUGGCAAAAUGUUACUUCUGGGGUCCUGUUAGAUGGAAUCCUGUCAUCUCAUUGGUACCCAGGGAGCCCAACUUCUUAGUAGCUCUCUUGCCCUCACCUGAAGACACUUCAGAAUACAGAACUCUCUCAAGGGUGCUCCGGUCACAUUAAGAGUGAAUCACACCGAGCUGGGCGUUGGUGACGCACGUCUUUAGUCCCAGCACUUGGGAGGCAGAGGCAGAGGCAGAGGCAGGCAGAUUUCUGAGUUCGAGGCCAGUCUGGUCUACAAAGUGAGUUCCAGGACAGCCAGGGAUAUACAGAGAAACCCUAUCUCAAAAAACCAAAAAAAAAAAAAAAAAAAAAAAAAGAGUGAAUCACACCAAUUGGAUAUGGAGGUGCACACCUUUAAUCCCAGCACUCCGGAGACAGAGGCAGGCAGAUCUCAGAGUAUGAGGCCAGCUUGGACUACAGAGUGAGUUCCAAGAUAACCAGGACAACACAAAGAAAACAUGUGUUGAAUACCAAAAAUAAAUAAAUAAACAAACAAAUAAAUAAAGUAAAACUCAACAGAUGAGUGGACGCUACAUGAGGAUAUGGAAAGAGUAUCAUGGCUUCCUUCCACAUUAGAGUGACAUCAAUUUCCUCUGUAUCUAGGUUGGAUCAAACUGAGUGCCAUUACCCAUGGGCUGCCACUUCCUGUACAUGUGCCUCUGGCACUGAGGCGUUUAUGGAGUGGCUGUAUCUCCAUUAUUGUUUUCCAUCCCACAUGGUGAGCUCUGAGACCACAGUAGGCUUCUGCGUCAGUGGGAGACAGAUGCACAGUGUUGGUUCCCUAGAGAAGUUAGUGGUUACUUCUGAUCAGGAGUAGCCCUCCCCCAAGUCCAUGGACACGGAAAAUGGCAACUCAGGAUAAUAGAUCUCAGUUUCUAACACAUGGCCUUCAUGUUGAGAGGUCAGCAAGCAGAACAUCAAAUCCCUUCUCUUUUUAUUUUUAUUUUUGGUUUUUCGAGACAGGGUUUCUCUGUGUAGCCCUGGCUGUUCUGGAACUCACUCUGUGUUGGGAGCUAUUAAGACAACUCUUGAUCUCUGAAUUGGGCCUCUCCCCCCGAGAAGAAAAGGGGGUCAAAAGCAGGCCACAGAUGCACUGCUCCGAGAACAACCACAGAUUGUUCCAGCCCUAAGUCAGUGCCGGAUGUCCUGACCUCAAGAUGUACCCUGAUACCGCCAAGUUCCUGCUUCCCCGUGUAGUCGCCAAAAGAAAAUUUUCCGCUGCCCCAUCCCUCCUGCUGAGGUGCAUUUCCGCUGCCCCAUUCCUCCUGCUGAGAAGUACUUCCCCUUUUGCUUGUGCAUUUAAACCUUGAGCCUUGCUAAUAAUACAGCAGGACCUUGAUGCCA